CUUAAUCAAAGAAUAUCAUCGAGUAAUUAUAUCUUUCUUAUCCAUAUUACGUUCUUAGUCCGCCAUCUGAUCGGGUUAAUCCCAUCAUUGGUGCUCUUGUUGAGAGAAAAACUGUGAGAUUAUGGCCGGGCGAAGGACGAGACGUAACACCGCUGCUUCCGCCCAGUUGACGGUGAGGAGUGACAACCCGGAACAGGGUAUGAUCGUUCCUGUCAAUGGGACAUCCCUGCCGGGCAACCCCGCCAGGUCCUGCACUGCAAGUUCUCCCAUCCUCCAGGAGCUUCAUGAUCCAGAGGAAGUCGAGAGGGAGAGACAUGCCGUUGCUAGACGCCGGGCGGAAGAAUUGGCCCAGAAUAGUAACGUGAAUGGAGAUUGGGCCAAGGCUGCAAGCCAGGUCGUCGGCAAUGGAAACGAAAACUCGCGGGGAACUGUCUUUGAAAGGAUAUCUCACCAGAAAGCUCACGUUAGUGAGAGGCUGGGGAAGAAUCCGGAAAAAGCACCCCAGGGUUGGAUACGACCCCAGGCCAGCCAGGUCGCGUCUUCUAACCGCGAACCCCGGGUCCCAGCGCCACAGCGUCUGGGGCCGCCGGUACCGGAAGCUGGCGAAUUCCAGGAUCUGAGGCAGCAGAUCCAGAAGAUGCAGAGGAAGAUAAACAGGGGACCAGUAUUCACUACCCGGACGAAUACUCCCUUAGCCCCGGAGGUCUUUGCGGAACCAUACCCACAGGGAUUCAAGAUGCCGUUCGUUAAACGUUAUGAUGGGGAGUCGGAUCCCCAGGAACAUAUAAAUAUCUAUGUCCAGGUGAUGAUUGCCGUUGAGGCCAGCGACGCAUUGAUGUGCCGGUGUUUCUUGCAAACAGUAGAUAGCAAGGUGGUGGAUUGGGUGAACCACAUUCCUACCGGAUCGAUCCGGACAUGGGAUGAAUUGGGAUUGCGGUUCUUGGAGCAUUUUGCCGGGAACUGCCGUCCCAAGAAGCAUUUCACUCAUCUGGCUUCAGUACGGCAGAAGCACGGAGAAUCCUUGAAGAAUUUCCUUAUCCAAUGGAGAAAAGAGUCCGGGGAGGUUGAAGGAACCGAUGACAAAUCCAGGUUAGCCAUGUUCACGGCGGCAUUGCAGGACGGUCUCCUUCAUACUGAUCUCACGACUCAUCCCCCGGAUACCUUUGAAGAAGGAAUGGUCCGGGCCAGAAGGUAUGUGACCCUGGAGGAGAGAAAGGAGGAGAGGAAAGGGAAGAAUCCUAAAGAAGAAGAGAAGGCGGGGAAUAAGAAGCCGUUCAAGAACAAGAAGCAGGGUUUCCCGGAGGGCCCAAAGGGCACAAACCCUGGGACCCCGGAGAAGCACAAAUCUGCCAAUCCAGUCUUCACGUUGCCGGUGGCUGAGGUCAUGGCCCACGCCACACAGCAGGGACUCAUGACUUAUCCGACCUAUUCUCAGAAGGUUUGCAAUGUGGAGGACACUGGAAAAUGGUGUGCUUACCAUCGCAAGAACGAUCACAAUACAGAGGAUUGCUAUACCUUGAAGAAUGAGAUGGCGAGGCUAAUCCGCCGGGGCCAUCUGAAGAAGUUUGUACAAGAUGGCGAGGCGGGAAAUCCCGGGAACGCUCAGAAUGGGAAGCGUCGAGAUAAGGAGGUAGCCCAGGCUGAGACACGGGAAAAACGCCACAUCGGGCUGGAAGAUGAAGAGGAGGAUUCAAAACCCGCACCGCACCCCCAGAAGAGACACCACGGGUGUAACUUCAUCAUCGGAGGGAAUACUGGCGGAGAUUCAGCCACGAGCCGAAAGAAGUGGGCCAACGCGGCGAUGGUCAACAAGGUGCUGAUCCCAAAAGGUAAGAAGUUGAAAACUGAGCCAAUUGUAUUUUCUAAUGCUGAUCUGCCAGAAACAGGGGUCCCCCAUAGGGACGCCCUGGUGAUUACUAUUGAUAUAAUGGACUUACUGAUCCAUAAAACCCUUGUGGAUACGGGAAGCUCCGUUAAUAUCAUGUAUAUGGAUACGUACAAGGCUCUUGGUUUGACAAGGGAUGAAUUAUCACCCAUCAAAACUCCACUGACCGGGUUCACUGGUGACUCUAUUGAACCGAAGGGGGUAAUAACCCUCCCGGUCAAAGUAGGGGAUACUAAGGCCACUCGGAAGUUGGACAUGGAAUUCGUUGUGGUGGGGAUAAUCUCCAACACAAACAUCAUCCUGGGCAAACCCGGAUUGGAAGAUUUAGAGUGUGUCAUUUCACCUCGUCACCUAUGCAUAAAGUUCCCAACCCCCCACGGAGUUGGAAUCGCCAGAGGAUCUCAGAGAGUGUCCCGGGCGUGGUAUUUGAAGGCAACCAAGCAGCCUGUCAAGUAUGAUACCCAAGUGGGAGAGGUGACUGCACAGCUCCUGAGGGCUGAGGAAAGACGUCCCAGGGUAGAAGUUGCCGACGACAUUGAGGAAGUUGAGCUGGAGCGAGGCACACCGGGGAGGUUAGUUAGAAUUGGCAAGGGCCUAGGGGCUGAACUCAGAUCACGAGUGAUCUCAUUCCUUAGAAGGUUCAGGGAGGUCUUUGCAUGGAGUCCAGUUGAUAUGCCAGGACUGGAUCACAAGAUUGCAGUUCAUCGCCUUAAUGUCCUGCGAGAUGCUAAACCGGUGAAGCAGAAACGGAGACAUUUGUCGCAGGAAUGGAGAGAUUUCGUGAAUAGGAGGUAGCAACCUUACAGAGCAUUGGUCACAUCCGGGAGACUAAGAAUAGUUAAGAGCGUUGUUAUGAUUUGGCCUUAGAUUAAGAACGAUUUAAGAGCACUAUCGAAAUAAUAACUGAAUUGAAUAAAAUAUGUUGAUAAGAACUGAAUAAUAUCAAAACUGUGAA